AUGCAUCUUUCCACCCUCCUUCUCCUCGGUGCCUCUCUCGCAUCGGCACAAUUCGGCCCAAGUGCUGAGGAACUAGAAUACUUCAAACCCCUAAACGGAAACCUGAACAACGACCAAAAUCCGAAUCAGGCUCCGCGCUACAACCAAAACCCAAAUUCCCAAUAUAGCGACAACGUCGAUUUCGAUGAUGACUACGACUAUCAAACCCCCGCACCGACUCCUCACACCCCAGCUCAAGCCCCAGUCCAAGUCCAAACUUCAUGGCCGUCUCAGACUCACAGCACCUUCGUGGUGCGACCUUCCCAAGUACCCGUCGCUCCGUCUGAAGCCCAGAUCCCGGCCCCUGAGUACGGCAAUGACCCAAGCCCAGCUGCCUCGAUGCCAUUUGCAAUGCCAGUCCACGACGCCCCCGCUUCUCACGCCCCCGAGUCUGCAUCGCAAGAUCAGUCCCAGAACUCACCUUGGCAGCACGCAGCCCCCUUGGGCUCAGAGGACGAGGAUGACUCGGCCGGGACAUCGGGCGGCAUUGCACCAAUCAACCUGCUAGGGCCUGAUUCGCAGGUCGCACCUCCUCCCCUCUUCACUAGCCCUAAUCAUGGCAAAGAUGAGGGGAACACUUUCUGUGCGGGAAAAUGCUUUGCAGAUGAGAGUGAUACGAAGUGUGCUAAGCCUUAUAGACAGAUGUAG